UGUGACAUGAUUAUUAUUGACAACAAUGUUGAAAGUAUACAAAGAAAUAAAAAUAUUUAUUGAAAUAAUUUUAAACUCGUGUACUUGCUUAAAUUCAAUUAAAUUCUAAUACCAAAUUUCCUAAAAUGUAUCAGUAACAGCGGUUAGGAUAAGUGUUUUGUAAAUACUAAAUAAGUACUUACAAUCGAUAUACAUGUAAGGUGUUAGGAUAAAAUUCGUCUAUAUUCCAACUUUAGUAAUAAUUGUCUCAAAAUGGAAAAAUCUACGAAUGACAUCGUUAGUGAAAAUACUUCUGAUACGGCAAACUUAAUAAGCAAUGAAGAGGCAAGCACUUCAAACUAUGCUCAAUUAAAUAAAUCUUCUGACUUACAGGAUUCUGGUGAAGAGGACAUCCAUGGAAGUCAUGGGAUCAGGCGCAGGCAGCCUGUACAAAAAAUUACACCAGGCUCCAUGAAUAUUUUGUCAGCUAAAUAUGAGAGUUUGGAUUAUGACACAUGUGAAAACCACUUACUUCUAGAUGAAGAAAGGAAAAGAGGUUAUCCGUAUAUAGUCAAGAAGGACAUAGCAAGAUGGUUCAUAUUUCUUCUUAUUGGUGUCAUAACAGCGCUUAUUGCUUUUACAAUUGACAUUUGUAUUGAGGAAUUCUCCAAUAUCAAAUAUGUACAGCUGAAGAAAUCUGUUGAUAAAUAUGUGCUGUUAGAUAAGCUAUAUAUUCCAUAUUUGUUAUGGGUGUUGACGAAUAUAUCAAUUGUGUUCAUUGGUAGUGUACUUGUUGCUUAUGUAGAGCCUGUAGCUGCAGGCAGUGGCAUUCCUCAAGUGAAGUGUUACCUUAAUGGAGUUAAAGUACCAAGAGUUGUAAGAAUUAAGACUCUAAUUGUGAAAGCAGUAGGAGUUAUUACUGCUGUCGUUGGUGGAUUAGCUGGUGGAAAGGAAGGUCCAAUGAUACACAGUGGGGCUGUGGUAGCGGCGGGUAUUUCUCAAGGCAAAAGCACGACAUUUAACAAGGACUUUAAAAUAUUCCAAUAUUUCCGUGAAGAUCACGAAAAGAGAGAUUUCGUGUCUGGAGGAGCGGCGGCUGGUGUUUCUGCGGCUUUUGGAGCUCCUAUCGGUGGUGUCCUGUUUUCUCUGGAAGAAGGUACAAGUUUCUGGAAUCAGGCAUUAACAUGGCGUACAUUUUUCGGUACAGUUGUCUCGACGUUCACGCUCAAUUUUGCUCUAUCGGCCUAUCAUGGACAUCCAGGAGAUCUGAGUUAUCCUGGUUUAUUGAAUCUCGGGAAAAUGGAGCCAUUCCCCUACCAAAUCUAUGAACUACCAGUGUUUAUUGUCUUUGGUAUAAUAGGCGGGUUGUUGGGAGCUCUAUGGAAUUUUAUUAACUACAAGUUAGCCGUUUUUAGGAUAAGGUAUAUAGGUACACCUUGGUUACGUGUUGUGGAGGCAUGUUUAGUGGCUUGUGUAAGCGCCACUUGUGGUUUCCUUAUGAUGUUCCUUCUAAAUGAUUGUCGCCCGCUCGGAGAAGACCCUACUAAAGUACCGCUACAGCUAUACUGCGCGGACGGCGAGUACAACGCGCUUGCGGCAAUCUGGUUCCAAACGCCCGAAGCGUCAGUCCGCUCAUUCCUUCACGACCCGCUCGGUUCAUACAAACCAUUAUCACUACUUGUGUUCGUUAUCAGCUACUUUCUACUCUCCACGUGGACGUUUGGUCUCGCUGUGUCCAGUGGAUUGUUUAUACCGAAUUUGCUCACGGGCGCCGCAUGGGGAAGGCUUUUGGCCAUUUGGAUACAGUACGCAAUACCGUCUACGAGUAUAAACCCAGCGAAAUACGCUUUAAUUGGGGCUGCAGCACAACUAGGUGGUGUGGUGCGAAUGACGAUAUCUUUGACGGUCAUCAUUAUUGAGACAACUGGACAGAUAUCUAAUGCUCUGCCCAUUAUAAUCACGCUAGUGGUUGCCAAGUGGACUGGGGACUUCUUUAAUGAGGGUAUAUACGACAUCCACAUUCAACUAGCCGGGGUUCCGCUCUUAGCAUGGGAACCUCCGCCUCUUGCUCACAACGUGUACGCGUCCGAAGUGAUGUCACACCCGGUGUUCACGCUACGGGCGGUGGAAAAUGUCGGCCAUAUUGUCGAGAUAUUGAAAUUGGUGUCGUACAACGGCUUUCCCGUUGUCGAUCCGCCGCUGGCUGAUGAUGCUGAAGUGACGACUUACAAGCGGUUACGAGGUCUAAUACUCCGCUCGCAAUUAAUCGUGCUCAUACAGAACAAGAUUUACAACGAAAAUGCGAACACAACAUGGUCUAACUUCAAUGUGGACAUGAAUAUGUUUAGGAAAGAAUAUCCACGAUACCCUUCUAUUGAGGAACUGGAUAUAGCAGAUUGGGAAAAGACAUGCACAAUAGACUUACGUCCAUUUAUGAAUCCGUCUCCAUAUACCUUGCCCCAUCGAGCAUCUCUACCGAGGCUCUUUAGGCUUUUCAGAGCUCUGGGAUUACGACAUUUGCCUAUUGUUAAUGAUGUCAAUGAGGUUGUAGGAAUGGUGACUCGGAAAGAUAUAGCAAGAUACAGAGUAUGGAGGCAUCGAGGACACAUGGGAAUGGAAGAACUAUUACUUUCUAGUGAAAUUUAAAUGUUCUACUUUAAACCUAUUGACAUUGUGAAUUUAUAAAAUAUGUACCUAGUUGAAUGAAAAUCUAAAUUAAGUUAUAAUUAUUAGUCUAAGCAACUUACUGAGGAUCAUAAUUAUUUAAGUAUAGAAAUGCCAAUAGUUACAGUGAUAUUUUGUAAUUGUUUAACUAUUAAGUAAAGUAUAUUCUGUAUCUAAAGUAUUUUGACAUAGAGCUGUGAAAUUAUUGAUAUUAAUCAAUAUGGGUAUAGUUCUUAGGGGCUUGUUACUCAUACUAAUGUAGGAACACUUCUGUAAUCUGAUUUCAUUUAAUUUGUUAUUUGAAUAAUUUACCAAAGACACCUAUCAGAUUAUAUUGUUGCAUUGCUUUCAAUCACUGAUAAAUAUAUUAAUUUAAGGAAAUCUAUAUUAUAUUUACAUGGAAGAAUUAUUUAUGUAAAUAAAAAUAUAAAGUAUGUAAGUAAA